AUGAGUUCCAAAAUUGAGAAAAUCAUCACUCGGCUACAAUCGAAGAUUACUGAAGGCCAGUUCUACGAAGCUCAGCAGCAGACCCGCGUCGUUGCGUCUCGGUAUAUCAAGGCCAAGGACUGGCCCGCCGCCAUUGAUAUUUUAUAUAAUGUUGCCUCUUCACUGCUGAAGGCGGAGCAAGGCGGAUCGGGGGGUGACCUCAGCAUCUUACUCGUCGACGUCUACAAGCAAGCCGAGCUCGUGCCCGACGCAGCCAACAAGGGCAAGCUGCUCACUCUUCUACGGCUCUUCGACCCAGAGGAGCCAACGAGAAAGAAGUUUAUAACCGAGAUGAUUGGAUGGUCCGCCAAAUUCGGCUCCUACCCCGCCGGCGAACCAGAACUUCACCACGUCACCGGAUCCCUCUACGCCUCCGAACACGACGUCUAUGACGCAGAACGCCACCUCCUCCUCGGCACGAAAGACUCGGCCCCCCUCCUCGCAAACCUCGAGUACGACUGGUACGCCACCGACGACUCCCACACAGCCGCGACAUACGCCGCCCGCGCCGUCCUCCCCUACCUCCUCCUCGGCAACGUGCGCGACGCCUCCACCGCUCUCCAACUCUUCACCACGCGCCUGGCAUCCUCGAACCCCUCCCUUGUGGUGCAAGACGUUAAGGCGUCAAAAUCGGGGACAAAAGUCUACCCCUCGCUCCCUCUCCUCAACUUCCUCACUCUCCUCGUGGCGGCGGUAGAAAAGGGGGCCGCGGAUCUGUUUAGACAGUUAAAGAUCCACUAUGCGUUGCUUAUCAAGGAGGCGACGGGGUGGGAUGAGGCGCUGGAGAGUAUUGCGGAGAUGUACUUUGGGAUUGCGAGGCCAAGACAGGGGAAUCCGCUGUUUGAUAUGAUGGGGAGCAUGUUUGGGGCGCCGCAGGCGCCGAAGAAACAGCCGAAGAGGGUGGGUGCGGCUUCGGGUGCGCCGGCGGUGGAGGGGCUAGAUUAG